CCCGACGACGACCCUCACCUUCAUUCCCAGACGGAAAGAACGAAAGAGCAGGCCAGGCUUCAUCCUGAAUGCAUUGAUAUUACCACCUCGCUUAUGCUGCUUAAGCUUACAAGGACAUGGAUAUUUGAUUGCGCCUAGUUAUUACUCUUUAUCAUAGCCAAGCCUGUCCUCGUUCCUUAUUCUGCGCGCACGGAAAGAACCGCGAGAAAAACGAUGCCUCGCGUCGCCAACACAUCCAAGAGCCACCGCCGCUCAAAUGGCGGUGCCUCGACACCGCACAAGAACUCCCCCAUCAAAAUUCCCUUGAACGAUGAUAUGGGAGAGAAGGCUGCUCGGAUGCAGUCGCGACAAGCCCUGCAUGACCGUCAGAUGAAUCAAAUCAAAGCGGCCGUCAAAACACCCAUGCCCCCGCGCAGGACCGCAUACGAUCGCGCCGACAGUCAAAGUCCGACGACCCCGCGUGGAUCGCUUCGCCGAGGCCGGGAAAGCGAUGCGGAUGGCCGUGGCAGAGGCGCAACCCCCGCUCAAAGAGUGCCAAUCUUAGCCAACUUUGAGGAGUGGAUGAAGAUGGCAACCGACAAUAAGAUCAACGCUGCCAAUUCGUGGAACUUUGCACUCAUCGAUUAUUUCCAUGAUAUGUCAUUGCUUAGAGAGGGUGACGGUGUUAAUUUCCAAAAGGCCAGCUGUACUCUGGAUGGUUGCGUCAAGAUUUAUACCAGCAGAGUAGAUAGUGUGGCUACGGAGACUGGAAAACUUCUCAGUGGUUUAGCUGAUAGUCGAGACCGUAAAGCCCCAGAAGCCGGCGAAGGAGCUGAGGGUGAAGACGAAGACGAAGAAGGCGAAGAUGGUGCGCCAAGGAAAACAAAGAAAAAGACUCGUUCCCAUGAGGCAACUCUUGCUCCGUCAUUUGCCUCGUUGCAAUUGAAAAAGCUUGAGCUUGAAUUUGCCGUCGAUCCAUUAUUCAAGAAGGCGUCGGCCGACUUUGAUGAAGGUGGCGCCAAAGGAUUGCUGCUGAAUCAUCUUUCGAUUGAUAGUCAAGGUCGGAUAGUCUUCGACAGUAGCGAUGACAUCGAUGAGACCACCAACCCAACAGAUGCCAUGAAUGAGGAUGAACUGGAAGAUGGCAAUGCAGAGUCAGGAAAUAAAAACAUCAGAGAGCACGAGGCCGAUCCAAUGGAUGUCGAUCCAGUUGAUAUUGACCUAACUGCUCUCGUCAGUAAGUUUUUCCCUGACCUGGAUCGUAUUAGUGAACAAGACAUUUGCCCAUCUCUCAAGAACUUCGAUUUGGGUGAUCCCAGUGGCUCUCUGAAUAUGCCACUGUUGAAAGCCCCUGAUGAGUGGCGCAACGAUAGAACUAGUGACAACUUUGAACACGCUGGACGUCUAGGUGACGCAUCGGGCAUCAUGCUCGACGAUGAUAACGCCGUGGGAUUUGACGAUGAUGAUGGAACAUUCGCAGGCUUCGAUAUUGGCGAAGAUGCUGGCUUUGGAGAAGGCGGCGAAGCUUGGGCGCGAGAGGCAGCACUUGAACCGAUGCUCAAAGUUCAUCGCAUGGAAAUUGAUGGAGAAGACCAAGAUGGCGAGCAAGGCCUUGAUAAUGGAGAAGCUUAUACUCUAUCGCUCUCUCAUCAGCCAUCCAACAAGGAACACGAGAACAUUCUCAGUUACUUUGAUAAUGCUUUGCAAAAGAACUGGGCAGGUCCUGAACACUGGCGAAUUCGAAGAAUUAAAGAAACAACUGCCGCAAGCUCGACGAGCCAAGUCCCAAAACAACGCAAGGAAAAGGAGCCGUUUGAAAUCGAUUUUGCUGCUCCUCUAGAUUCUACAACAUCUGAGCUGAUAUAUACACAAGCAAGUUCAAAUUCGGCUAUCUCAAUACCCAAAACGCAGUGGAAGACCAAAGGACGCAAUUUACUUCCGGAUGAUAAGCAUUUCAACUCUCAGCAGCUGCUACGUCUUUUCCUCAAACCGAAAGCUCGUCUAGGAUCUAAAAGAUUCCUCGGGGUUCGAAAGACUACUGAUCAUUCACAAGGUAGUGUGCCAAACGCUGGAGAGAUGGAUGAAGCUUUCUGGGCGAAUCACAAACCAGAGAACGACAUGACAUCUGCAGAUGAUGGUGGUGCUGCCGGAACAUACGAUGCGAAUUUCUUCGCGGAUGAUGAUGGCCUCGCCUUCCCUAACGGUCUUCCACUUGGAGAUGAUGACGACGACAACAUGCCGUUUACAGAUGCUCGAGAAAUGUUCUCUCCACCAGUUGACCCAGAUGCUCGGCCAACGACAUCGGCUGGUGACGGGGCGGGUGCCACUGGCUUAACUGCGCUUUUGAACAUGGUCGGAGCGACACCUGGUUCUGCUCUCCAUGGUGGAGGGUUUGGGUCGCAGCUUGUCACGCAAGGUGGUCGCCGUGUGCGACCUGAUUAUGUUGCUUACGCGCGUGUAGCGAAGAAAGUGGAUGUACGACGUUUGAAAGAGGAAAUGUGGAGAGGCAUGGGCGAUAAAUUAAUCGAGUCGAUGGAUUUCAACUCUGCUUCUAACGGUGCAGCCGUUAUCGAAACGCCUGAGGAGUCUGCUGAGGAUGACGGCCCGCCUACACCUACGCCUAAGAAUCGAUAUACAGAUGGCGACCAUGCCAUGCCUGAUGCUACUCCAAUACCCGAUAAAAAUGGCCAACUGCGAUUCACUAACAUCAUGAACUCUCUCAAAACGGUUUAUCCAGAGGAGGCCCUCCGAGACAUCAGCACUUCAUUUGGAUUUAUUUGUCUUUUGCACUUGGCAAAUGAGAAAGGUCUCGUGUUGCAAGGCGGAGACCCUCUCGGCGAAGGCGGUGGUUCUCUAGAAGAAAUUUACAUUACCAAGGAUGUCGGCGCACUCAUAGAAGAGGGGGCGAUGUAGAAGGUAGUGUUUUUGCCUGGUGUAUUCUUCGCAUCUGUGGAUCUAUAUUUGAAGUGACGCUAUGCCUUUAUGUGGCGCUCAAGGCGUUAGGUUUUUUUCCGUUCUCAAGGUGUAGCUCGAGUAGAUGGGACUCUAGCAGGGGAUUUUAUUCCAACUAUAGCGUCUAGUUAUUCUUUUCGAUCCAGUCUUCUUGUAUAUUUUUCAUCGGUUUUAUUUCACUUUUUACGUUAAUAAAUUAUUUGAUAUCAUGUACGUUCUGUUAAGGGCCUUCUAUCAAGGACCGCUAUCAAUGCAGCAGUCUUGCGUUACCAGUAUUAUUUACUAUACUACGCUAUGCACGAGGAGCGGUUGGGUGGAGAGGGACAGGCUAGUUGUGUGCUUAUGUAUGUGACUAAGUAUGUGUCUG